AUGAUCGGACACAUCAGAUUUGGUCUUUCGCUCGUCAGUAGCAUUUUGCUGGUGUCACAGCUGACUUUACUUGUCCAUUGCAUUGUUGAAGACGAGCCAACCCCCUCACCAGUUGAAGAAGAGCCAAGCGUUCCCAUCACCUCGUCCAGCAAUGUCGUACGCAGGGGAGGAAGUGGUAAUUCAGACCCCUUUCCCCAUGGGUUUGGCUAUGUUCCCAACCUACACAGAGACACUUUGGGACGUCCUCUUGGCGGACUCUACUGCGAUCUGACUCCGCUCAAGAUUGACACCGAGGGUUUCAACAAACACUGUGGGCCAAACUCCGACUCAAAGUGGCCCUGCUUCGCGCACAAUGGCAAUGACAGGUUGGAAACUGUCAGCACGAAAUCCGGCUCAAAGACAGCACUACGAACGGUGAGCCUUUCAAGUGAUUCGCUGACGCUACUGAGAAUCUUUGUUGCAGCCUUCACCUUAAGGGAUCCGUCCGUCGAAUUCACGAUCGCCUACGCACAGACCCGCAACGUAAGGUUCAGGUACUAUGGCUACGAGCCCGACACCGGCUGUUACAAAAUCCACCUUAGCGGUCGUGAACAAGGACGCAUCCACGUCACCACUACCGAUGAAAACUACAGAGACAUUGACACUUGGAACUACCGGGAGACAGGCAAGCGUCUGUGCAACAAGUGGAUCUUUAUCGGAACGCGCGACCGCGACAGGUUUUCAGAAUUACGCGAUAGCGAUGGUAGUGGGAUCUAA